AUGACGACGAUCUCCGAUCUUCCAAAGGAAUUGGUAGAAGAGAUUCUGUCUAGGGUUCCCUUGAAAUCUAUGAGAGCAGUGCGAUUGACUUGCAAAAAGUUGAACACUAUAUCCGAAAGUAAAAGCUUUUCAAAGAUGCACAUUGGUAAAACAACCGCAGUGAAAAAGGGCGAGUUUUGGAUGGUUGUGUUGAUGAAUUACACUCUUUCUUUAGUGAGCGUCUUCAUCAAUGGAGAUAAUCCAUCUACAAAGCCUCAAGGAAAACUUAGUUGCCUUGACGAACAAGUCAAGAUAUCUCAAGUCUUCCACUGCGAGGGCUUAUUGUUAUGCGUUUUGGAAAAAGAUGAUACUAAGGUUGUGAUUUGGAAUCCAUAUUUAGGGCAAACACGGUGUAUCGAAUAUAGAAAUUCUCACCCUCCACAAGGAUGGGACAGAUUUAGUUACGCUCUCGGAUACGAGGAUAGGAAAUCUUGUCGUAAGCUCAAGUUCUUGAGGUUCAUAGAUAGAUAUUACAACGGUGAACAAGAGAACGAAUUUGUCUGGUAUGAAAUCUAUGAUUUCGACUUUGGUUCAUGGAAGACUCUUGAUGUCACUCCACACUGGCGUAAAUUGUUUGUUUCGCGCGGUGUUUCUUUCAAAGGAAACACUUAUUGGCCUGCUUUAGAAAGUAACUCACAAGACGGACUUACAAAACACAUAAUCUGUUUUGACUUUACAAGUAAGAGUUUUGGGCCGCUUCUACGUCUUCCUUUUGGCGCUAGAUAUGAUGACUAUGUGACUUUAUCUUGUGUCAGAGAAGAGAAGCUUGCUGUUUCGCAUACGCACCACGAAGUAAACCCUUACGAGAUAGACAUAUGGAUCACAACUAAGAUUGAGGCCGAAGAGGUGUUGUGGAGUAAGUUCUUGACAUUGGAUACGGAACCUAAUUUCUAUAUGACUCUAUGUAAGAGUUUCUUCAUCGACGAGGAGAAGAAAGUUUUCAUGGGUUUUGAAGAAGAUUAUCACAAAACGUUUAACAUCCUCGGAGAGGAUGGAUACUUUAGAGAAUUGGAUUUCGGAGAACGUCCAUACAGAGACUGUAGUGCAUACGUCUCUUAUGUUCCAAGUUUAAUGCAGAUCAAGCAACCUGCCUCAGGAGGCAAAAGGAAACAAGAAAGCGACUUAGAAAUACUUCGAUAUGAUAAAAAGUUAAAAACUGGUCGAGACUUCUAG